AUGGACAAAGAGCAAAGGUUACAAUUGCUAAAGUUAAACUGUGAAGCUUGGCAUGGUGUAGACGUGUAUCCCAAUAGAUCUAAUAAGCUUGAUUCAAGUAUAAAGAGGAAUACUGGCUUUAUUAAAAAGCUAAAGUUAGGUAUUACAAAAGAUUCUAAGGAUUUACUACUUAAAGACAUAGGUGAAGUACUAUUAGAAAAAUACCUAUCAGAGGUUAUUGCAGGAACAAAUGAAAGCUUAUCAAAACUAUCGGGGAAAAAUGAAGAUUUGCUAGCCGCAGUUGAGGUGGUUAGUGCAUUACACCAAAGAUUUGGUAGUAGCUUUACGAUUAAGUUAAUGGAAUUGUUUGUCUGUAAUUUUUUGCACCCGGUGGAUGAUAUUGAAGGUGAAAAGGAAGAACUCAAUCGGGUGAAUCACUUGAAAGCGUUGUUAAAACUCUUCACAGAACUGUACCUUCUAGGUCUCUUUAAUCAUAUGGACGAAGUUCCAGGGGAAAGGUUGCCCAAUUUUCUAACCAGAAACACAGCAUUGCCUUUGGCUAAUAUUCUAAAAUAUACGAUAGCAUACAAUCAUAAGAACGGGAUCAGGUUAAGUCUUGCUAUAACGUUUAUUAAAAGGUAUCCGGGCCUUUGUAUAGAGGAUGAUACAUCAUUAGAUGAAUUUAUUCAUCAUGACAGCUUGAAGACAUCAUUGAAAGAACUUUUUACGGCACUAGCUGAUAAUGUGCUUAAAAGAACCGCAGAAUUGAGUAGGAAACUGAAUAAGCUACGGAAAGAGCAUCAGAAAGCUCAAAUACGUACUGGUAAACUAUUUGAUGAAUAUGCGGUACAAUACAAGGAUAUGAGACCGGUUUUUGAACGGUACAAAGCAGCUGCUGAUGUCCUGGCAGAAUACUACAAUCUUCAGUUACCGGAACUGGCAGAUAUAAAUUACGAGAUAGAAUCGGAGGAGGUUAAGACUGUAAUAACCACUCCAGUUAAAAAUAAUAGUGCUAAUUUGUGGUCUAGUGAAGAAAUAAGGAAAUUCUAUGAGGAUUUACCAUCAAUUUCCAAACCUGGUAUAGAACUUGCUAAUUCCAAUUCGCCUACUACUAAGAAGCUUAACAAAUUCUUUUCUGAUUUGGAGGAAUGUGAAACGAAGGAAAUGAUCGAUAAAUUAUCAGAACGAUAUUGGUCUGCCUCUUUGGAUAACAAAGCAACUCGCAAGAGGCUUGUUAAAGUUUUUACAGAACAGGAAGACAUGAAUAAACUAAGACUUUAUGCAAGGUUUCUCGCAACGAAUGUGAACUUAAUGCCUGACGUGAAAGAUGAAAUAGUAGAGUAUUUGGACAGUGCCCUUAAAACCCAAUUCCAUAACCAUAGGAUUAAUGUGAAGCAUAUUAACUAUUUCUGCGAGAUGGUAAAAUUUGGUUUAGUACCGAAGUUCAUUAUUCUGUAUAAGAUCAGAGUUCUUGUCAUGAAUCUACUACUGCCAUAUAACAUAGAGAUACUAACUGUGUUUUUUGAAAACCUUGGUCGGUUUUUGAACAACAACCCAGAAUAUAGUGCACAGAUGGCAAACAUGAUGGAGCUUAUCAGGGAAAAGAAAAAAGAUCACAGGUUACCACUAACGUGCAAAAAUGCAUUGGAGAACUUAAUACUGUUAAUAUAUCCUCCAAAGUUAAGUUCUUCAAGCCUUCAAGGUAAGACCCUGACAGUCGAGCAGAGGUUUUACAGGGCUCUCAUAAGGAAGGAACUUCAUUUGGUAGGUUUUAAAAAAACUACAGCACUGUUGAAGAGAGCAAAUUGGAAAGACGAGGAUGUUUACAAGACCCUGUUGUCUUUAUUUACAAAACCCCACAAGAUUGGUUACCAGUCGAUAUCUCUCAUGGCUGAAUGUCUAGCGUCCAUUUAUUUAUAUCGUAGAGAAUUUGUUGUGCGUACUGUGGACGCAAUAUUGGAAAAUAUCGAGCGUAACCUCGAAAUCAAUGAGGAUAGCUAUAAUAUGAAACAAAUUGCACAAGUUACUUAUAUGUCCUGGAUUUUUAACUACGGUAUGGUUAGAAGUGAAGUGAUUCUAGAGACCAUGUAUCAUAUCUUAAAGUAUGGCUAUCCAAAUGGUCGACCUACCGCAUCAUACAUUAAUCCGUAUGAUCUACCAGAUGACUACUUCCGUAUAAGAUUAAUAUCCACCAUUAUUUCAAAUAUGGAAAAGACGACUCCCAACUGGGAGAAGAAGUUUCCUCUCUUUCUAAGGUUUUUCGAAUACUACAUUCUAACAAAAAGCAAUCCUUUGCCCAAAGACAUAGAGGCUUGUGUUUCUAACAUUUUUGACAGUUAUGCUUCAACUUUAAAUUUCGAAAGAGCCACGGACAUUUCCGACUGUGUUCAGCGGUUGGAAGAAACGUUAAAACAGAUGGGUGUUAAGAAAGCCACCCAUGAAGAGCAAGAAGAAGAAAACGAUGAACCCGUAACUGUGGAUGUAAGUGAGAAUGAUUCCAGUGAUGAUGACUCCAGUGACAAUCAAGAAGUAGAUGCACAAAAUAAUUCACCAAAUUAUAAUGACAACUUUAACAGUGAUUCACAAGUAGAAGUUGAGAGUAAUGAAAACAGUGACGAUUCUGACGACGCUUUUAUAGUUACUAGAGACCUAGAAAAGAAGAGGAUUGAGGAAGAAUACGGAAAAGAAACAUUGUCCUACGACGAUCUUAAGGCAGAGGAAGAAAUGGAAAAGCAAUAUCAACUAGUAAUGCAACAAGCAUUGGAGUCUCGCAAAAAUGAAAAGGUUUCGAUGAAUAGUAUUCCUAUUCUAGCAUCUGGAAUUAACACAUACGAUAGAAGUGGGGCUGGAGACCGCAACUCCGAGGAUAAACCAGGCAAAGUAGCUUUUACAUUCCUUAAUAAGAGCGGAAAGAAAACUCAGGCACGUUCAAUUGCCCUCCCAGAUAAUGUAAAAUUCGUCAGCGACGCUUUGGAAGGAGAACAACGGUUGAAGAGUGAAAGAGAACGCAUUAAAAAAAUUGUAUUAAGUAGAAAUUUCGAAUAA